AUGUCUGCCGCAGUUCGCUUGGUGUUGUUUGUCUUCCUCGAGACAACUUGGAACCAAUUGCUCCGGAGCGCAAGCACAGAUGGGGGUCCAACGCGGGUCAUUUCUGCUGCAUGCCCCUUCUUGUUUGCAGCAGCGUUUCGGCACCUGUCGCCCCUGGAGCCGGGGGCAGAUGUCCCUCCCGGCGUAGCGGGUGAGCAGGCAAUCGUCGCGGCGCCUGUGCCAGAUGUCGCGGCGCCUGUGCCAGAUGUCGCGGCGCCUGUGCCAGAUGUCGCGGCGCCUGUGCCAGAUAUCGCGGCACCGGCCCCAGACGUCGCGGCACAAAACCGUGCGGCAGCUCUCUCGACUGAAACGCCUUCUGCAGACGCUGCCCUCCGUAGCCGCCCAUCCGCGCAGCCGCUCUCGGCGCCAAGCGUGGAUAACGGCUAUGCAGCUGCACAGCGAGGAAAGCAGAACGCUGGUUCCAGGCCGAGUCGGCUCCGCGCUGUCGGCGAGUAUUUUGUGCGCCAGGGACGCCGCGCGGGCAACCUCAUGAGGCGUGCCGGUCGCUGGAUUCGUCGCAGGGUGUUUGAUCCUGCCGCGCGGUUCCUGUGGAGGCGGCGCUUCGAUGGCAUGGUUAACAAUAUAGUGAGUAAGAUGCGUAUGCGGUGGAAAAGCGCAGUGCAGCACGAUGCUGGAUGUAGCGUGGUAGCGUCGUUUGUCACGCGCCGCCGCUAUGCGCCCUGGAGUCCAGAGGAACAGCCGUCAGAUAUCAUGGUGGCGCUGUCCACGUUGUUCCCGCACGGAGCUAGCAUGCAACUGAAGUCCCGCGUCGAUAAACGCGUCCUGCUUGCGACAAGGUCGGAGUUUGUCGGUCUCUCUCCGUAUGGCAGCGUACUGUUUAAACUCGAGAGCCUCAGCAGCGAGCCCGAGACCCUCCUCGAGGCCUUCCCCGUGGUCGCACGGCCAUCGGCAACGAGCGCAACUCUAAGCAGAGAGACGAGGCGGGCGAUGGAUAUGAUCGUAGCUGCGACGUCAGGGCUUUCCGAUUACGGGAUUCCCUUGGAUUUGAUGAUGCUGAAAAAAGCCGGUGGCAUCUGGUGUCACCACAGCAAAUUAGAUACUGUCCUUGUUCCCAAUGUAUUCGUGCGUCGGCUCCUAAUGAAAACACUCCGCGAAGUUCUGACAGACAUGGCGGCGGAGGCCUCUGCAGAAACGGCGGGGCAGGGGCCUGUGCAUGAGGCCCGGCUCUGCCUGACGAGGCAGUUGCAUCAGGCCAUGACUGCUGCUCUGGGAACCACCGCGAGACGUGGACGCAUUAGCAUCGACACGGUGUUUGUCAGCAGCAACGGUGCCGUUCACUUGCAUGGCCCCCCGCUUGCAGCGGCCGCCCCUUUGGCAGCGCCGUCCCCCCCCUCUGAGGGCGCAGAGGGCGCAGCUGCAUCUGCUCAGUCGGCGGCGGACUUUCCGAAAGAACCUGAAGAAGACGAGUGGAAAGCGGUGGCGCCGUCAAAGAAGCUAACAGAGGACGUCGCGUUUGCCAUCGUUAUCGCUCAGAUAUGGUGCCCCAGCCGAUCGUUCGAGGAGGUGGCUGAGAAAGUCCUCCUGCAUCAUCGGCUGAGGCGCGAACUCACACACGAGUUCUAUACGCGCUGCGCAGCAGUCCCGGAAGUCGUCCGGCUCAUGAUUGCUGAGGCUGUGUUUUGA